CAUAAAAAUGUUCUUGAGGGGGGACAGUGCUCACUUGUGCACCGCUGGAAAGGAUGCUAUUGGAUGUUCUUGUCGCUUUGCUCUAGUCUCCAGACAUCUUCCGCUCUGAGCCAUUUUUUUACCGUCUACUUUUGUGAAUUCAGCUACCUGUGGGCGCUCCCGCGUGCCGUUGAAUAAUAGCCUUCUUGGAGAUCAGAUAAACGACGAGAGUGAUGGCCACGUCAGAGCCGAGAACCACCAGCGGGGAACAGGACCCCAACACCGCCAAUUUAAGACCCUCAUCCACAACCUACGAAUAUGCGUGGAUGCAUGGCUGUACAAGGAAACUGGGCAUGAGGAUUUGUGGGUUCCUGCAGAAAAACAACAGCUUGGAGGAGAAGGGCAGACUGAGUCAGAAGAACCUGCUCUCCUGCGACAACAGUGACAGGGACGCUCGGUUCCGACGCACCGAGACCGACUUCUCAAACCUGUUUGCCCGAGACCUGUUGCCUGCAAAGAAUGGCGAGGAACCAACCAUGCAGUUUUUACUGGAGGUGGUUGACAUACUGACCAACUACGUGAAGAAGACAUUCGACCGCUCCACCAAGGUGCUGGACUUCCACCACCCUCACCAGCUCCUGGAGGGCAUGGAGGGCUUCAACCUGGAACUGUCCGACCAGCCCGAGUCUCUGGAGCAGAUCCUGGUGGACUGCAGGGACACGCUCAAAUAUGGUGUGCGGACAGGUCACCCUCGUUUCUUCAACCAGUUGUCCUCGGGUUUAGACAUCAUCGGUCUGGCAGGGGAGUGGCUCACCUCGACUGCCAACACCAACAUGUUUACUUACGAGAUCGCUCCGGUGUUUGUUUUAAUGGAGCAGCUGACCCUGAAGAAGAUGAGAGAGAUGAUUGGCUGGCCCGGUGGCGAGGGAGACGGCCUUUUCUCGCCAGGGGGCGCUAUUUCUAACAUGUACAGUGUGAUGAUCGCUCGUUACAAGUAUUUCCCCGAGGUCAAGACCAAGGGCAUGUCUGCUGCUCCUCGUCUGGUUCUGUUCACAUCGGAACAUAGCCACUACUCCAUCAAGAAAGCCGGUGCUGCUCUGGGAUUUGGCACCGAGAAUGUGAUUCUGCUGAGCACGGAUGAGAGGGGGAGGGUCAUUCCUGCGGAUCUGGAGGCUAAGAUCAUUGACGCCAAACAAAAGGGUUACGUGCCAUUAUUUGUGAACGCCACCGGUGGCUCCACCGUCUACGGUGCCUUUGACCCCAUCAAUGAGAUUGCGGACAUUUGCGAGAAGUACAACCUGUGGCUGCACGUUGACGGAGCGUGGGGUGGCGGCCUGCUGAUGUCCAGGAAGCACCGCCAUAAACUCAACGGGAUUGAGAGAGCCAACUCUGUCACGUGGAACCCUCACAAGAUGAUGGGCGUGCCGCUCCAGUGCUCCGCCAUCCUCGUUAGGGAGAAGGGACUGAUGGGCGGGUGCAACUCCAUGUGCGCCGGUUAUUUGUUCCAACAAGACAAGCAGUACGACGUCACGUACGACACUGGGGACAAAGCCAUCCAAUGUGGCCGGCAUGUGGACAUAUUUAAGUUCUGGCUCAUGUGGAAGGCGAAGGGCACCACUGGGUUUGAGCAGCACAUUGACAGGUGCUUGGAUUUGUCUCAGUACCUGUACAACAAGAUCAAGAACAGGGAGGGGUAUGAGAUGGUGUUUGAUGGCGUGCCUCAGCACACCAACGUUUGCUUCUGGUACAUCCCACCCAGCCUGAGGGGAAUGCCAGACAGUGAGGAGAGGCGGGAGAAGCUCCACAGAGUUGCACCAAAGAUCAAGGCCAUGAUGAUGGAGUCAGGUACCACCAUGGUGGGCUACCAGCCUCAGGGCAAUAAAGUCAACUUCUUCCGUAUGGUCGUCUCCAACCAUGCGGCCACCCAAUCUGACAUCGACUUCCUCAUUGAUGAGAUAGAGAGGCUGGGUCGUGACCUGUAGACCCCCUUUUCGCACUGCUCCAGUGUUGUCCGUGUUGUUUUCCGAUGGCACAUCAUCCUGAGGAGAGAACCCAACAAUAAGACUACACCCCCCCCUGACCCGCUGCUCCCCGCACACACAUUUGUCCUCCUUUAGCUCCGUAUAUGGCGACAUAGUUUCAGGUAACUGAUGGAUGUGUGCUGGUGGGAAGUCUUGUACUGCGUGUGUUCAAUCUAGUGUCAUUUUAAUGUAGAUUGUUGUUCAACGUGUGUGUGUGUGUGUGUGUGUGUGCGCUCGUGUGAGCGAAAAGCAGUAAAGCACAGCUCCAAACCUGACAAGCAUCACAAAAUUAUUCUUGUGUAAAAAAACAAGAGUGCGGGUGGCACCCCGUGUGUAUAUAGAAGUAUUUUAGAGAAAUGGAUUAAAGAUAACAUAAUGACGACAGUAUGUGCGUACAGCACAGGUACUAAAUGCUGAGAGGAACAUCCGGCCGCUUGGAUCUGUCAUCUUCUGGAAGCGAGACAGGUCACGACCAUGUUGGUAGUUCUUCUGUCUGUGAUCAUGAUUUUAAAAUGCCGGCUCAUUUUCUGUUUCAUGCAAUCACGUGAUACCCGUAUGUGUGUUCUCAAAGAAUAUUUAUUCCUAUUUGAUGAUAUCGGAACUAUUGCAUUCUCAUUGUCGACAGAUUCAGGUAUUUUCAUGUCAAUGUAUCUUCACGUGUCGUACAUGGUGAUGAUUUGUAAAUUUGAAAUUGAAAUAACACUGACUUUGUUGGCCAAAGAAAGUAUAGAGCGGAAAUAGUGCAAGUCAUUAUUCCUCGUCCAUAAGUUAUCGAUGUUUGUAACGUGUGACCCUCAACUGCGAUGCAAUUUCUAUCGUGCGUUUACUGAUGUGAUUGUGAGUCUUUGAAUGUCUGAGGUGACUGACUGGCCUUCCGACGGGACGGAGAAAGAAACCUACAGUCUGUGUUCCUCUGGGUAAGCGAGUAGCAUAGUAAUGCGAGAAUGUACUCUCCUCUGGAGAACGGGUAGGAAGAAUCGGUCAGAAUUCAAACGCAUUUACUGUAAUAUAAUAUAUUUAUUGUAAUACAUAUUUAAUGUAUUUCUGGUAUUAUGGGAGCUCAAUGGAAUAUCUUGUUUGAGGAGCUCCUCUUUGUGUCUUUGCACUAGGUUCACCUUUCUUCCAUUGUCAAUGGAUGUGUAUUAUGAGAUAUUUAAUUUACCAUUGAUGGUAACCAGGGACCAUGAUUUGAAUUGCAUAAAUCCUAUUGAAACUUGUUUGUUGUCAGGAACUCCUUUAUGUGACCAGUUUGAUUUUGAGAUUAAUAUAGCUGUAAGGAAUGUUACCCAGGAGAUUAUCUGGUGGCACUUUAACAAAAAAAUUAAAACAGCGUCUCUGUAAAAUGUUUAAUAAAGUCUAAUAAACUU